AUGGUGCCCGGAGUGCUCGCUACCGUCUUCCUCUCUGGCCUCCUGGGCUCGCUCUCGGAAGGAGUCCCAGGGCCUGACAGUCUGUGGCUGUGCCAGCCGGCGCCCCGGUGCGGGGACCAGGUCUACAACCCCCUGGAGCAGUGCUGUGAUGAUGACACCAUCCUGCCCCUGAACCGGACCCGCCUCUGUGGCCCCCACUGCCGCUACUGGCCCUGCUUCCAGCGCUGCUGCCUGGAGUCCGUGGGCUCGCAGACUGACAGGGUGGUGAGGCUUAAGCUCCCCGGCGUGAAGUCCGACUGUAGGACGUCCCCCAUCUCCAGGAUCUGCGCCCAGGAAAAGCCCCUGACCGGACCUCUGCUGGAUUCCACCUCAUCUACACCAGCCUGGAGAGCCGAUGCAGGUCGCCCCAGACUCUGA